AUGACAUACUCAAAAUUAUUUUCAGGAAAUUCAUCUGAAUUAGGAAAUUUACCUGAGUUAUUAUGUGAAAUUAUACAAUAUUUUAGGAAUGAUUUAUCAACAUUGUAUUCAUGUGUUUUAGUCAACAAAUUAUGGUGUCGCUUAGCAAUUCCAUUGUUAUGGGAAGAUCCAUUUUCAAUUUAUGCACAAAAUUUUCAAUUUAUUGACAUUUACUUAUGUAAUUUAAAUGAGGAUGAUAAAACAAAAUUUAAUGAAUAUGUAAAACAAAAAUUAGCGAAUAUAGAAUCAAUAUCAAAUUGCUCGAUUUAUAGAUUACUAUUUAAAAUGUUUAUUGAAAAUGAAGGAAAUUUACAUUCUUUUGAAGUUGAAGUAUGUACAUCCAAUGAUUGUAAUUGUCUUAAAGAUAUUAUGGAAUUAAUUUUACAAAAUCCAAAUUUUAAUUGCAAUAUUAGAAAUUUAAUGUUUUCUAUAGAUGUUAUAGAUCUUAAUACAAAUAUCUUUUCUUUACUAAAAUUUUUAUGUUUUAAUUGUAAUUCAAUCUCAUCAUUUUAUAUUGGUUAUGAAUUUAAAGAGAAAAUAUUCAAUCAAUUGAAUAUUUUAGAAACUAUUCAUAUUAUUUAUUGUAGUGCUUUAAAUUCUGAUUUUGUCCAACAAAUUAUUAAUGUUAUUAGGCCAUUCAAAUUAAAAUCUUUGAUCCUAAGCCAUCAUCCUUUUCAAGUUGAAUCAUUACAAUUGUUAUUACAAAAAUUUGGUAGUGAUUUAGAAAAUUUUGAAUUUGGAAAAUAUAAUUUCAGUGAUGAAUCAAAACAAAAAUUAUUCAAAUCAAUUAUAGAAUAUUGUACAAAAAUUAAAUAUUUUUCAUUAAAAGAUAUUAAUUUUAAUCUAGCACUUAACCUAAUUGAAAAUAUUAAAAAACAAAAUCUUAAUUAUCUUAAUAUAAGUUUUGAUUAUUAUGGUGAUGACUACAAAUCAGAAAAUUUAGGACAAAUUCUUCCUACUAAAUUAGAAUUUUUAAAAUUAGAUAAUAUUAAAUCAAGUGAUUUGAAAAAAUUUUUAGAAAAUUCUCAAGAUACUUUUAUCAAAAGGUUAUUUAUUAGAACUAAAGUUCAACGGAAAUACUUAGAUAGUUUGCCUUAUAUAAAAAAAUACAUUAUGAAAAAGAAAAGGGUUAAAUAUUUAGCCAUAUUAUUUGAUAAUAAUGAAUUUAUUUUUUAUCAAGGUUCGCUUUCUUUUAAUGACUUGUACACUCACUUUAAUGAUUUUUGUAACUUUGUUAAUAAAGACUUGGUUUCUUUGGAAGAUGAAGUAAAAGAAUUUGAAUUAUAUAAUAUUAAAGUUCAAAAAUAUGAUAUUAAAGCUAUUUGUGAACAAUUAGUUGGGUGA